CUUUGCCCACUUGGUCUGCGCACAGUUCAGAGUUGAAGGCAUCAUGGAGCAGGAAUCACCACCCCUCAGGCCCCAGAGGGCGGCUAUCAGCAACCCAGCAGACAUUUCUGUCAUCUGCGCCUAUUUCGUCGCGGUCAUUGCAGUUGGGCUAUGGUCCAUGUGUCGAACCAACCGAGGCACUGUCGGAGGAUAUUUCUUGGCUGGUAGGAACAUGGUGUGGUGGCCGAUUGGCGCCUCUCUCUUUGCCAGCAACAUCGGGAGCGGGCACUUUGUGGGCUUGGCAGGCACCGGUGCAGCUAACGGCCUGGCGGUGGCAGGAUUCGAGUGGAAUGCACUCUACAUUGUCCUCCUCCUUGGGUGGCUGUUUGUCCCCGUGUACCUCACGGCUGGGGUUAUCACAAUGCCACAGUACCUGAAGAAACGCUUUGGAGGCCGACGAAUUCGUCUCUACCUCUCCGUCCUCUCUCUUUUUAUGUAUAUCUUCACCAAAAUCUCAGUGGACAUGUUCUCAGGAGCCGUCUUUAUCCAGCAAGCCUUGGGCUGGAAUAUUUAUGUGGCUGUCAUAGCCCUCCUGAUCAUAACCACCAUUUACACAGUGACAGGUGGAUUGGCAGCACUGAUGUACACAGAUACCGUUCAGACAUUUGUCAUGAUCGGUGGAGCCUUCGUUCUCAUGGGGUUUGCCUUUCAUGAGGUGGGAGGCUACCAAGGGAUGUUUGACAAAUAUAUGAAUGCCUUUCCCAAGAGAACCAUCUCUCCCACCCCGGACCUUUACAACAUCUCAGCUUCCUGCUACCUCCCCCGCGAGGACUCUUUCCACAUGAUCAGAGAUGCUGUCACAAGCGACCUGCCCUGGCCAACAGUGAUCCUCGGUCUUUCUAUCAAUUCUGUCUGGUACUGGUGCAGCGACCAGGUCAUAGUGCAGAGGUGCCUGGCUGGGAAGAACCUCACCCACGUCAAAGCCGGUUGCAUCCUCUGCGGCUACCUCAAGCUGUUGCCCAUGUUCCUCAUGGUUAUGCCUGGCAUGAUCAGCCGGAUCCUGUAUCCAGACGAAGUGGCCUGCGUCAUCCCCGAAGAAUGCAAACGAAUUUGCAGCACGGAGGUUGGGUGCUCCAACAUCGCUUACCCAAAACUGGUGGUGUCCCUCAUGCCAAGUGGGCUCCGGGGGCUCAUGCUAGCCGUGAUGCUGGCAGCUCUGAUGAGUUCGUUGGCUUCGAUCUUCAACAGCAGCAGCACCCUCUUCACCAUGGACAUCUACAACCGCAUUAGACCGCAAUCCAGCGACAAGGAGCUGUUAAUCGUGGGCAGGGUGUGGAUUCUGCUGCUUGUGGGAGUCAGUAUUGCAUGGAUCCCAGUAGUGCAAGCCGCUCAAGGUGGGCAGCUCUUUGACUACAUCCAAUCUAUCAGCAGUUACUUGGCUCCUCCUAUUGCUGCAGUUUUUCUCCUUGGCGUCUUCGUCAAAAGGGUCAAUGAGCAGGGCGCAUUCUGGGGGAUGGUGGCCGGACUUGCCAUCGGCAUGGCCCGAAUGAUCCCAGAAUUCUUUUAUGGGACCGGAAGCUGCCUUUUCCCCAGCAGCUGUCCCCGUGUGAUCUGUGGCAUCCACUAUCUCUACUUUGCCAUCAUCCUGUUCUCUGCCACGGCAGUCAUUGUGAUAGGCAUCUCUCUCUGCACCCCGCCUAUCCCUGAGAAACACCUGCAUCGCCUGGUGUUCAGCCUUCGGCACAGCAAGGAAGAGCGAGUCGAUCUCGACACAGAGGAAGAGGAAGAAGCCAAAGAAAAGGAGGCCGCGCAGCAGAAACGCCGAGAACAAGCCGAGAGGGCAGCAGCUGAGAACGGAAAACUGGAACAUGUAUUGGAAGUGGAGGACACCAAGCUUACGUCUUCCCCUGGCAGGCUACGCCAGUGCCUGGCCUGGUUCUGUGGAAUGAAUAGCCAAGAACAGCCAGAGCCGAGCCCGGAGGAGAAAGCUGAAGCCCUCAAGCGUCUCACAGACAUCACAGAACACCCCAUCUGGAAGCGCGUCGUCGACAUCAAUGCCCUCAUUAUGAUGGCCGUCGCAUCCUUCCUGUGGGGCUACUAUGCCUGAGGGCCUUUCCACUAUGACAGCCGCUCACAGCAAACUCUUGACUUCUGUCCAACGGCCCCAUCUGUGUUCACCACACAAUCUUCAGCCACCGAAGAACAGUGGCAGCCACUACAUCCAUGACAGCCAGCCAGCAGGAUAUUACGGUUACAGCGUGGGAAUCAGAUCUAGCUUCAAGUUCCCACUCAGUUAUGAAAUUCACUGGGAAACUAUGGACCAGUCACUCUUGCUUAGUCUCAUCUACCCCAUAGGGUCCCGGCAAGACUAAAGCGGGCAGGAGAACACUGUCUGUUGCCUUGUGCUUACUGGAAGAUAUGGAGGCUACAAAUGUAAUAAUUAGUGAAAAUAAACAAGCUGGGAGUAGUUUUGGCUAAACUGCCUCGUAGUUCAGUGAAGGCAUUCAUGCCGGCCUUUAGGUGCCUGCAGAUCUUGCUCCUCCAGGCCCACACCCCAAAAUAUUCCCCCAGGGGGAAAAAAAAGAUUGGCUCUUCUGGAAAACCCCGUUUUCAAAACCAGAUGUGGCUUUUUCGUCACUUCUUUGCUUGUUUUGAUCUUGGCCACUUGAGGUAAUUGUGCGGGCCAUGGAUGAUCAAAGCACUGAAUUCAACUGAUGUAGUACAGACUAACUGUGGAAUUAAUGGCUGAAAUCUAGCAGAAUAAGGCAAAUGAAUCAUUGCAGUUUACAGGGGAGUUAACUCACCAAAUCCCCAGCGGGCCUACUCUAGUUGAAACUUACUACUGGAUUUCAGCCAAUAUAUCGUUACUAGUUACAAGGAGAAAGGUGGGGUAAAAAUAUUUUAAAUUAAAUAAAAUUAAUACCGUAGAUGCUAAAUUUGAAACAGUUGAUACUGGACACCCUGCCCAGUUCUCUGGUGCCAUCUUCCACCCAUCUGUUCCAGAGAGAUCACCCCCAGCGAUGACAUAUCUACAGAAAUGGGCAGAAUUUUGUAUGGUUCACAUUUUUAUUGAAACUUUAUCAAAUGAAUGCAGUUAUUCUUCAACAUCCACCCUCCUCAGAAUUCUGCAGUGCAAAUCUCCAGAAAAACAGAUGGGACAUAGAUAUAUGUAUAAUAGGGGGGAGGGAGCACAAAAGUAAGAUUAGUAGUAGGAAAUAUAUAAAAGAGAAUUAUAUUAAGGAAAUAUGCUUGCAAAGAAAACGUGUGCAUUGGCAGUAUUGCGUACAUGUAUUUUUGAAACUAUACAUAAAAAUUCAUGCAAAUUGUCAUGUGGACUUUUACAGGACAAUUGCAAAAUGACAAGGAAGUUGAUAGAGUGAAUUUAAGAUAUAAAAAUUAGGAACUGGGAAGAUCAAAUCUGAUAGAUUAAUCCCUUUUUGGAUAUACAAUGGCUCAUGUGGAAGAGAUAAACCAAGUUAUUGGCAUGUGGGUGAAAUUCAUAUUUAUUUUAGGCAACUUGAUGUCUAGGAUUUUGCCAUCUUCUUAUCCAGAGCUUGGGAAAGUUUCUUUUCUGGGCAGCAAACCCCCAGCCAUGACCAUGCUCAGUGGGGAAACUCAUCCAAAAAAGUACUUUGUCCACAGUCUUGUAUUUUACGUAAGUGUCUUCUAUAAGGUGUUCCGCCUUCACAACAGCUUGUCCACAGUAACUUUCUUCCUGAUUAUACAUAAGCACCUUUCCCUCCAAGUCACAUGUACUAAUAUGCCUUUGUAUUCAACACUGUCCAAAACUAUUAUCUGGAAUUUUGGUACCUCUCAGGCCAUGAUCCUCAGUCCUUUUAAGAUCUGGGUUUGCUGAGCACCUCCAGGAUCUUAACAGAAC